GAAGAUACAGAAGACAGAUGAAAAAUCACCCCAUCUUGAGAGUGAGGCCUAUAUUUGCGUAGUUCUGGCUUAAUUGUAGAAUUUGCCAUCUAAGGAUUAUCUUCCUGAGUUUUGACAAUUUAUUACCUGUUUGUGUUCAAUGGGGCAACGGAUUCACUUUGUGGUUGACCCUCAGGGUUGGUGCUGCAUGGGCCUAAUUAUCUUUGUCUGGCUGUACAAUACAAUCUUCAUUCCAAAGGUCAUCCUUUUUCCUCAUUAUGAAGAGGGAAAUAUUUCAGUUGUGGCAGUUUUGUGUUAUUACUUCUGCUCAUUGUUUUGUAUAGCUUCAUUAUUUAGAGCCUCAGUAGCAGAUCCAGGAAAACUACCUGAAAAUCCAAAGAUACCAAUUACAGAACGAGAACAUUGGGAGUUAUGUAACAAAUGCAAUAUGAUGAGACCAAAGCGUUCACACCACUGCAGUCGCUGUGGACAUUGUGUGAGGAGGAUGGAUCACCACUGUCCAUGGAUUAAUAAUUGUGUUGGUGAAGACAAUCACUGGCUGUUUUUACAGCUGUGUUUCUACACCCAGAUCCUUAGUUCCUAUACGCUGCUACUUGACUUCUGCCAUUACUACUACUUUUUGCCUCUGAAAAAAGAAAACUGGGAUGUGUUUGUAUUUAGACAUGAACUUGCUCUCCUAAGAAUAUCUGCCUUCAUGGGUCUAAUAAUAUUAGGUGGAAUAAGUCGACUUUUUUAUACUCAGCUAAUGGGUAUUUUCACUGACACUACAAGUAUAGAAAAAAUGUCAAACUGUUGUGAAGACAUAUCGAGGCCCCGAAAGCCAUGGCAGCAGACCUUCUCAGAAGUUUUUGGCACUCACUGGAAGAUCCUGUGGUUUAUUCCUUUCAGGCAGAGGCAACCACUGCGAGUUCCCUACCACUUUGCCAAUCAUGUCUAAACAGAUGGAUGGUGGGUACAGAUGGGUCCUCCAUGCUGGAAGUGCAUUACAGGUUUUAUGAUAAUAGGACUAUGACAGUCUUCAAGUCAAUUAAAAUCCAGUCGUAGGCAUCACAGUGUGCCCCAGGCAUUAUUUUAGUUAUGGUCUUGAUUCUAUUCUGAAAUUAAUGCAAGUUAAACAAUCAACUUCAGGCUUAUUUACUUUCAAAUUAGCUUUCCAACAAGAUUCCUUUUCUCUUUGAGGUUAAUACCAAAAGCAAACAACUAGAAUGUAGUUUGAUACUGUCUCCUUUUUUUACCUUUUUUUCUUUUAUUGUUUUGUGUAGGAAGCACUGAAUUUGCAUUGAUGGUUAGAUUUCUCACUGUCUUAUUCUGCCUUGAAUUUUUUUUUUUUUUUAAGGGUCUUUCAUAGUAUGUCUGUCUGGAUGAUAAUAAUGUCUUUUUUUCAUGCUACAUAUGUUUAAAAUUCUGCUAUUCUGCCAGUUAUUUACGAUAUGCAAAAGUAAUCCUGCAGCACUGCACUGUAAAAGGUAACAUAAAGCUGAAGCAGAAUACUUCCUAAACCUUUCUCUGAGAGGUUUUGUAAAGGCACACAAAUAUGUGUGUUUACAUAGAGAAAAGUUUACAGUUUACAGUUAUCUUUUGACCUAAAUAUGAUGUUAGUGAAAAGUGUUCAUGUCUUUAUGUCAGUUAGAGGGAUUAAAUAUUUUCAGGGUAAACUGUGCAGAUACAAAGCAUGUUUUCCCUAAAUCCUAAUGAUUUGAAUCAGCAAUAAUCAACAAAGAGGUUGCAUGGUGCAAAUACUAGAAUGAUUACUUUUAAAAAAUUCAGAUGUAGUUAGUUAGCAUAAUGUGCCAUAAAGAAGAAUAUAUUGUCAAUAAAGUUAAAAUUUUUAUAUUUACUUUUCAUUAGUCUUGAUGAGCUGGAAUUGGUGUGAGUGUUUGUAUAUUGAAAAUAAAAAUAACUGAAAAUAUUUAUUCAUAAAUAUAAAUUUGCUACUAACAUGAACAGUGAAGUAUAUGAACACAUUCAAUAGGGUACUUUGUUGAUGUAGAUAGCUUGCUGUCCCUUUAAGUAUGGGAGUAGUUAACCAAAGAAAGCAUCUUUCAGAUCUGGUAAAAGGAUAACUAUUUCCAAAGCACCAGUUUGGUCUUCCUUUAGCUGGAGAAAUUAUGUACUACUUACUUUAGCCCUCUGUAUCUAUACAAAUAUUAGCUUCAGAUGAUUUUGAAAACUACUGUGGAUUUCUGGGAGAAAUUCACAGAUCAGUGUUUCCGGUUUUGCUUCUUACUGGGUCUGUUGCAUAGUCUAUCACGACUAGGAUCCACCUUAAAUAGCAGACACGCAGCAGGACACAAUAGAAGACACCAAGUCAGGAUUUUAUAUAUGUAAAUUGUGCAGGAAGUGAUAGCUUAUUUGUGAACAGUUACUUCAAAAAAGAAGGGCAAGGUUUUUCAUGACUGGUGUUUGCAAAAAUUUUUAGAUCAAUUCUUUUAAAGUCUUAGUAUAUUUACUGCCAAUGUUAGGUGUUCCUUUAUUGAAUUAACAGAUUUUGAUGAUCCAUUGAAAAUUUCAAAAAAUGCCUCUUAAAAAUCAUGUGAACUUUAAACUUUUGUAAAUAUCUAACAUUUGAUCCAACUUUACUUUUCCUUUCCUUUUAAAAAUAGAUGCAAUGUUUUAUUACCUUAAAUUUCAAGCCUAAUGUUCAGCCAUUUUCCUUUUUUUUUUUUUUUUCCCUCCUCGUGCCAGUUGUACUGAGGUCAGACUUUCUCUCAAGUGGUAUUGGCGUAUUGGCAGCAAUAUUUAAACAAAAAGAGCCUUGAGGAAAUGGGUGAAAGACUGGAGCAGUGCUUGAAAUUGAAAGGAAUGUGGGUAUACAUAAUAAAGUAAUGGCUCUGUUAUUUUUAUUUUCUUUUCCACACACCUGCUCCCUUCCCCCUCCCCCCCUCCCCCCCUCCAGACAAAAUUUUAGUCUGGGGAGUAUACAGGGAAAUAAUAUUUCAUUUUCCAUGCAAAUAUUUAAAUGUUCCAUGAGCACAAUAUAGUUUGAAGUUUUUAGUGCUGAUCAGUUACCAGAGGAGAUUGUACAGUUCUGAACCUUGCUCAGAAAGAGAACCAAGAAUUUAACUAUUUUUGGUAUAUUUAUUGUGGGGUAUAUGAUUGUGUGUUCUGCUUCCCGAUAUUACUGUUUCAGUGAAUGUUACUGUGCAUGGAGCUCCAAGCCCAUGCUGGGGCAGAACCUUUAGAUACAAGGGGCUCCGGUGGUUCCUGAGGCUGGAGGGCAGCUGAGGGAUGGUGCUGUGGGGUUGCAGGGCCCGGGAGCAGCCCCGGGAGCAGCUGCCGUGUUCCGCACCACCCUUGUCACCCGCUGUCCUGCUGGCGCUCUGGUGCCGCUGAGCCGCCGUGGGACCCGCACACCACGGAAAGCCAUCCAAGGCAGUACACCUCCCUCUCGAGCAGCUGGGAGGUUAGGAAGCCUCUAAAUUCCAAGGUGCUUACUUAAAUGACCGAAAGGCAAACCUGGAGGCUGGAGUAUCAAUUAUACUUUCCAGCAAGUGAUGUCCAUGAAAAUCUUGCCUGAUUCUCAAACAGAAGUGCUAAUAUUACAAAUUUGUGUUCUCAAAUGUUUCCAUAUUGUUCCAUUUCCUUUUAAAUCUACUUUUUCUCAGUUGCCUAAUCAUCAUAACAUUAGGAAUCAAUUUGCAACAUGAUUAAGACCACUACUUAAUUUCUGUCCCUUUUCUAAGUAUUUGGGGACAAAGGGGAGAAUUUGGAGAGACUUGAUAUUUUAGGAGGUAUUAAACUUUAUUCUUUGAAUCAGCGGCCUCUAAAAUGGUAAAAGUAAUUUUUUUUUUCUUAAUUUCACUGAAGGACUCUUUCAUGUUAUUAGUUUCUCCAAGUAAUGUUUCUGAAGCUAAUUCUCAGAUUAAAUUGUUCUGUCAGGAAAAAUCAGACUUUCAUGAACCAAUUAGAAAUUCUUCAGGCCUUGAAAUUCUUGAAUCCUUUGAAUCAUUGCUUUCUUUUUCUUUCUCUGCAAGUCUUCCUUAAGAUUUUUUGUUUUAGUAGAAACUGCAUUUUUAAGAUUGAUUGCUGUUUGUCAUUUUUAUGCAUUUAAAAAAAAUCUUGUAGAGAGUGUCACUAAAUUUCAUCCUAAUGUAAUAUCAGAACAACACAUGCUUUAUUGAGAAAAGUGAAUGUUGUCUUCUGACUUGGUGAUAUUUGAAUUCCUGAGGGGCACAGAGAACUUAGAGAGCCAAUGAACUCCUCCCUGAAAACGUCUCAAAGUAGCUGGUUUAUUUGCAGUGUGGGAUGACUUCUGGUAUGACCAAAGAAUGUUAACUUGCUGUCUUCUCAUAAUCAGAGAUUUGAGAUUUCAUUUGAAAAAAUGCCGAUGUCUAAAAUAAAAGACAAUGCAUUAAAUAAUGUCUGCGAAUCUGUCCUCUGACCUGUUGCUUUGAAGGAGAACUUCCAUCACACAGCUGGUCUACCAGUUCAGGUACACACACAAUAAUUUUCAGUCUUGGAGAGGAGUUGUGAGUCUUGAAUUUUAAGAAUAAAUUUUUCAUGCAUCAAUCUUUGUUAAUAUAUAUAACUUUUAAAAUAUGUUCUGAGCUGUUCUUUAGAUAUUCCUGAUAAUUAUUUCGAUUCAUUAGUUUAUAAAUACAUUGUUAAUAAAACACGAAGUAGAAUGUCAUGUAUCCUGGUUUAACCCCAGCCAGCAACUAAGCACCACAGAGCCACUCAGUUCCCCACACCCCCCCAACAGGAUGAGGGGGAGAUUUGGAAGAGUUACAAUGUGAAAUUCUUGGGUCAAGAUAAAGACAAUCUAUAGGUUUGAUAGAUAAAGCAAAAGCCAUGCAGGCAAACAAAGCAAAAUAAAAAAUUA